AUGAUUUGCUUUUCAAAUUCCAUGCCACCUGUUACUACCACAGAACCAGCAGAACAACAGAAUGGCUCAACGUCCAGCAUCCUUAAGGAGAGAAGAUUUAAAUUGAGCAGGGCAUGCGAUCGUUGUCGCCGACGCCGAAUCAAAUGUGAUGAAGGACAUCCCUGUCAAGCUUGUCUUGCUGCGAACUCAGCGUGUACAUUCGAAGAACCAGGAAAGCGGACACACCCUCAUAAAUCGAAGCGUACUGCGACAUUGGAAGACCGAAUGCAUCAUCUCGAGACUCUCAUUCAAGCCAUACCACCCGCAGUUUUUGCUGCAGGAGGUAACCAAACCACCCUUAACUCGCUGAAGUCACUUUUAGCUGAUGUUCCGGGACCCUCGACUUCCACACCAAAUGCGUUUCCAUUGGGUGUACCUCCGCCCUCGCUUCAUGUAUUCCCCCUCACCAACCCUUCAACCCAUUUUACACCCCCACCCAACCCGGACGAACAAAGAACUAGUCCUACCACACCAUUUCAAUCCUUAAUGGGUAGUUUGAAUGGCUCUUCAAUUGCUAUAAGUCCAGAACAACUGGAAGAAGAAGUUUCGAAGAUGUCAAUUUCAGAUUCUUACUUGUAUACGGACGACGAGGGUUACACUCGAUGGCAAGGCGAAACAUCUGGCUUACCAUUCUUGGACCUUCUGAUUGAACGACGGUUACCGGAGACCACAGAGCCUACCGACGCUUCCUCACCAUCUUCACCUGUGUCACAGCCCUCUGAGACCACCUGGUUCCCUAAUCGAACUUUGAGGCGAAUGGAUAUCGACCCCCAGAUACUCUGGCGGAUGAUUACAACGCAAAUCCCUCCCGAUCUCAUGGAUAGUUUGGUUCAAUGUUAUCUCUCAACAUCUUACUAUAUUCUUCCGUUCUUACAUGUACCAACAUUCCUUUCUGAUUAUGGUAAUCCACAAAAGUGGGGACAACCUGGAUUCGCCUCAUUUAUCGUUGCAAUAUGUUGCUUGGCCUCACGACAUGUUGAUGACCCCAGAGUACGAACUUCUCCCCAUAAUGGCAUAUCGGCAGGUACCAAAUGGUUUGAACUACUGGGACAGCUCCGUGUCCUACCUAUUUCCGACCGUCCUACCCUUUAUACGAUUCAAACUGACCUUGUUGCUGCCGUCUAUGCAGUUGGUUUGGGUCGCCUUUCCAGAGCCGCUGCGCUGCUAUCGGAAGCCAUUACCAUUUCUUUUGAUACUGGGUUGCAUCGAUCGUCGGACACCUAUGAUCUAUUCGACCCUAUCGAAGACGAGGUGCGCAAACGCACGUUCUGGUGUGUCUAUGUAUGGGAUAAGCAGCUUUCGGCACAUUUUGGUCGACCACCCAUCGUCAGAUUGAAAGACUGUGAUGUGAGCGAACCUGCUCCAGUGGAUGAUGAAUAUAUAACGAAGGAUGGUUUGGGGACUCCACCACCGGGAACAGAGUGCAGAAUGGAGGCCUUCAUCCAUUUUCUCAAGAUCACAAUGGUUCUAGAGUCUGUAUUGGAUAUGCCAAUCCCACGACCGGGAUCAUCUCCCUUCAUGAAAAGAGUGGCAUCAGUUCUAGUGGGCUCAAAAGGUUCUAACGAGCUGAGAGAUGAGGAAGCAUUAUUGGACGAGAUUCAUAACAACAUCCCUCCUUACUGGGCUCAAACUCCGGACACAGUUGCGAGUGGAGAUAUCAUACGAUUAACCCAGGCAGAAAGGCUCUAUUGCGCCGAGCAUUUCGUAAGACUAUUAAUCUAUCGUCAUCGUUUCUCUCAUCGAGUCGGCGAACGAUUCCACUCUGGCGACGAGGAACAAAAACAGAGACAAAGUGAUGCAGAGAAGGAAGCAAUGAUUGCAGCACAUAAUUCUGCGAUACAAAUUAUUGCUACUCAUGCACAUAUCGCAGGGAAGGGACUGAUGACAUACUAUGGCGUGCAUGUCAUUCAUCAACUAACGCAAGCUGGUCGAACGCUGGUCGCUGUUCUUUUGUGCUGCAAGUCAGAAAACCUCCAACCGCUAAUUGCACCUGGUCUCGAUGCGCUGCGUUCUUGCGUUGGUUUGCUGCGGAGAUUUAGUGGUCGGUACGUUUGUGGCCUUCGAUCUGGAGACUUAUUGGAAGAGUUCUGUCGACUGACCCAAAUCCCCCUCGAGCCUUCUCAAACAGAAAUUCCCCGGGAUGAUACUAGACCAGCAUGGAUCAGGCCCGUUCGUAAAAAGACGAUAUCAAGUGUCACUCGGUCCAGUCAAAGCGGAGAAUCUCAUCACGGCAGCCCAGAAACUACUCCAGCUGAUUUUUUCACAUCCGAUAUCAAGCCUUUCUCGACCAGACAGUCGCCGUUCACUGUUCCUGCGACGGCUGAAAGCACGGGUCGCCCAGGAUCGAUUGAUGCCGAAUUAUUGACCGACCAUCCUCAUCUUUUUCUCUCUCCCGAUAUGCUGACUAUGUUUGACGCUGGUGGAAUGGAUGUCGGCCAAAUUCUUCCCUCCGAAUUUAUGCAGGAGACGCCCCAAAGACCGACGGGUCCGCUUAGUAGCAAUGGUGGAAGUGGCCAGUGA